UUGGCUGUUGCCAAGAUACUGAGGUCUGGUAUCCAUAUUAUAUUUGGUGUCGCGUUUACUCGGUAGCUAUUUCGCAAGGAAUUUCACCUUAGUUAAGUGAUUUCACCUUUUCGUGCAGCAUUCGACAAACAAGCCAAGAUGCUAAAAGGCAUCCCACAACAGUCCAACAAAGGAAUGGGAAAACAGAAGGUAACUAGGCCUAAACGUUCGUGUUCAACUGCUUUCACAUCGAAGAGCUAUCAAACACAAGCCACGGUUGAAGGACCCCCUGAAGCUGGGGCAUUCAAAGAGAGACGAAGCAAGGCAACAGCCUUCAAGAAGUUCUAUGAAAGAGGAGAUUUUCCCAUUGCGCUAGAACAUGACACAAAGGGCAAUAAAAUAGCUUGGAAGGUGGAGAUAGAGAAGUUAGACUACCACCACUACCUGCCACUGUUUUAUGAUGGUCUGUGUGAGACUAAACACCCAUAUGAGUUCUUUGCCAGACAGGGUGUUCAUGACAUGCUGGAGCAUGGUGGCUCUAAGAUUCUACCUGUCAUACCUCAGCUUAUCAUCCCUAUCAAGAAUGCCUUGAAUAUGCGAACACAUAUUGUUCUGUGUACUACCCUGAAAGUGCUGCAGCAUCUAGUGGUUUCUGCUGACAUGGUGGGAGAGGCCCUCGUCCCGUACUACCGCCAGAUCCUUCCCAUCCUCAACAUCUUCAAACAGAAGAAUUUGAAUUCUGGUGAUGGAAUAGACUACAGCCAGCAAAAACGGGAAAAUGUGGGAGACUUAAUACAAGAAACAUUGGAGGCCUUUGAGCGUCAUGGUGGCGAAGAUGCGUUUAUUAAUAUCAAGUACAUGGUUCCUACAUAUGAGUCCUGUAUGCUCAACUAGCAGCCAUAUUUAGCAUCAGCAUUGAACACUUUAUGUGAGGAUUACAUCAACCAUUGUACAGUGACAAGAUGAUAUUUUGUGAUAAAGAAACACUUUGGCCAAACCCUGGAUAUUUUUCAUUGUUGCAAAGUGAAAGAUAGAUCCGCCCAUCAGUAUUUCCAAUAUUUUCCAUUGUUUACUUGAAACUGCAAUGUAUUAAUCAUCUUGAGCCAUUUUAGAAAUUUUCACUGUUUUCUUUUAAAGCAGCAAGUUCAUAGAAUCAUAUCUAAGAUGGUUAUCAUUGUAUCUAAUCCCAGAUUUUAAGGACAUUACAUAUUGAGAAAUAAGUUCAUGUGGGUUCUUAAUCAGUGUGAAUCAUCAUAAAUGGAUUUGAAAGAAAGAACAUUUGUUUUACAUUUUUUUAAAUAUUUGUUUAAUAUUCAGUGUUUAUUUUACUAUGAAGAACAAACAAAUUUCUAUCAUAGUUUUGAAUUAUUUUCCACAUUGCAACAGCAUGUUUGGUGUGAAAAGUGACAACAAUUGUAGGAAACAUUUUCCCCAUUGAUAUUUUCACUAAUUGAACAGGUAAAUUAUAUAUAUGUUCAUCUUUUGCUGUAGUUUUGCUUACAAACCUGUCUCAAAUUAAGGAUUGUCUGAAAUUAUUCCUGUAAUGUUUAAAUAUAGGCCUCAUUAUUGUUAUUAUUUUGGUAAAACUUGUAUAUAUUUUCAAAAUUGGCCAGUAGGUUAUGAAUACGAAAUGGAUGCUAUGAUCUCUUGAUCUAGAUUUUGUUCAUCAAUAACUGUCCAGUUUUAGAUGUGUUUUUUUGUUCAGGUGGUUACCUUACCCUCCUUCCUCCUGUCUGCCUGCCAUUCAUAUGUAUUACUUAAUCUUUCUGUUGCCAGAUAUAACCCUCUGCCAUGUACAGUUUAACCCUCUGCCAUGUACAGUUUAACCUCUGCGUGUUUCUAAUGGCAAAUAUCUGACUCCUUCAGUUGUUGUAAAUAAUAAAUUUAAUUACCAUUA